CUACAUUCUACAUGACUUUGCCGUUGCUGUCCACCCAUCAUGUUGAACUUCAUUGGACUGCUAUCGCUUUUGAUCUUGGAUAAUGUCUUCCUUCAACAAGUACUUGCGCAUCCUGCACCAGUUGCAGCAGCACCUCCCGCAGUCUACACAGCGAACCCCUCGAUAGGCUCUGGAUCGGGGACGUACAAAGACAGUGCACACUUCCGAGUGUACGGGGUGGACUCUUCAACAGCUGAUACGACACUUAAGAUCAUGGAGGCGGCGCACGUUUGCUUUGUAGAGCAGCUUGGAUGGCGGACGCCCGGUCUGUCUUAUAAAGGGUCGUGAGUCGUUGCAGAUCUGGCCGGAUAGCACGUCGCCAACUCACUAACUACAAACUCAAUGAGUAGUAAUGACGGCCCAUACUACAAGACAAACCUCUACAAAGUAGACGCAAACGCUAUGCCUGGAGCAGCGGCACAGACGUGGACAGAUGCCAGUGCUGGUCUUGCGUAUCUCAAGAUUGUUGGGCAAUACAUGACUACCCCCGGUGUCAUUGUACACGAAUUCGGACAUGCAAUGCACUAUUCAGAGAAGAACUGGAUCGAUCAGACAAGGACAGGAGCAUGGUGGGAACCAAUUGCAAACUUCAUUGCCGACCUCUACAUCGCUACUCCAACGUGCGCCUCCGCGAAACGUGCUUACAACCUCCCCGACGGUGACUCCCUCAUCGAGCUGAAAAAGGUCAUCGGCGACUCCUUUCAAGUCCUCGUGGACGGGACAUCCGGCUCAGGAAACUACUACCAAUCAUGGCCUUUCCUAUCCUAUCUCCAAAGUAACCCUGAUUCUUACUCUGGGCUUGGAGACGCAACGCUUUUGAACAUGAUCAGGAAGUACAGGCUCAAUAGCGACGAGACGCCUUUGCAUUCGCUAGAGAGGCUUCUUAGUGGAGUCACAGUGCAAAAGGUGGUUGGCAGGUAUUGGGCGCAUAUGGCAUUUGUCGAUAUCGGACAUGCGAAGGCGCAGUCGAUGUUCAAUGCACAGCGCAAUUCAUUGAAUUAUGCAAAUGUGGACUCGAAUGGGAAUGGGAAGUAUACUGUCAAGAGCGCGCGGGCACCCCGUUAUAUGGGGGCGAAUAUUGUUCCGCUGAAGGUUACGGGUGGGAAUGUUGAUGUGAGUGUUACUGGUAGUGGUGGCGCGUAUACUGCGACUUUGGUGGUCAAGGGGCAGGAUGGGAAGGUUAGAUAUACGGAUGUCGUCAAUGGCAAGGCGAAUGUGAGUGUCGCGAGUGGAGAGGAGGUAAUGUUUGUCAUUGCGAACACGCCACCAUUGGUAUUGUAUGAUCCGUUCAAGAUUCCGGCGGACCUGAAUAGAGGAUUGAGCUAUUCCAUACAGUUAACUGGAGCCACGGUAUGAUAAGAUUCAGUAGCUGCUUCGAGAGCAUUAAAUUACAAGCUAUUGAUUCUCUGAAC